GGAAAGCGCGCGAGUGACCAAAUUUUGGCCCAAAACAAACGCGUACGCGCCAGCCCUCCACCAGAUAGCAGCGCCCCCAGAAAAAGCCAGAUAGCAGCGCCGCCCCCAAAUCGACGCCCAAAUCCUUCGUCCGCUCCACCAGAUCGCCGCCACCGCCGCCGCCGCUGCCCCCCACCAGACCACCGCCGCCGCCGCCCUCAGCCAUCCCCACCGCCGUCGCCGCCCCCAGCCAUCCCACCGCCGCCGACCUCCCUCCAUCCCGAGCAGUACCGCCGUCGCCCUGCAUGCCGAGCCGUGCCGCAGUCGCCCUCCAUGCCGAGCCGUGCUGCCGUCGCCCUCCACCGCUCCAGAGCGGCGCCGCCGAGCACCCAAGUGACCGCAGCCGCCAAUCACUCCAGGUCGGGGCCGUCGGCCGCCCUCCACCCAGACCAUUGCCGUCGUCGGCAACGGAAAGCGCAAGAGGAAGCAGUGCCUUCCCAGGGGUCCACCAUGGCAUCGUGCUCCUCUUCUCCGCGGCCGUUCACGCUGGCGAGCAUGGGGGGCUCCCGACCACGCCCUCCUCCCCGAUGGCGGCGAGCACGGUGCCUCUCCACUUAGAUCCGUGCCGGUGGAAACCCGAUGCAGCUGCUUGAUAGAAUCAUGGAAGGAACAUACAGUGCAGUACGAGACGAGGGAUGGUCUGAUGAUGUUGUCGAGAUGAGUAUGGUGCUCAUACUGUUAUCAUUUUGUAUUCAGAAUCUUUGAUGUUAAAUGGUGGGGUGUUAAAUGUAGCCCUCGAUAAAAAAUGGAGAUUAUACUACCAUAGUUAGCUCCACUAUAGAAAGUAACAUAACCAGCCUGAAGUAUGUGUAUAUCUAUUACUCUUUAAUAGUACAUAAGCUUUUGAACCUAGGAAGUCAUUGCCUCAGAGUUAUGCCUGCUUAGAUUAAUGGUUGCUAUGCUAACAAGAUACAGUGAAAAUUAACUUUGUUUCGAAUACAGUGAGUAUAUGACCUUAUAAUUGUUUAUGAUUAGAAUUAGCAAGGUCCCUUUACCCUCUUAAUGUGUUUACACUUCCUCUAAUGAAAUAAUAUGCUGUCUAUGAACCUUAACAAUCGUCAUCUCAGCUAAACAUAAAAGGAAGAAGGCCCACCAGAUUUGUUCGUAGUGCACAUUGUU